AUGUUUGCCUUGAGCCGAUCCACCGUUUCUCUUGCCUCCAGAGCUGCUCUCCGUCGCAGUUUUGUUGUGAGCCAACAGGCUGCCGACAAGCACACUUUGGUUUUGGUUCGACACGGAGAAUCUACCUGGAAUCUCGAGAACAAGUUCACUGGAUGGUAUGACUGCCCUUUGAGCCCCAAGGGACACGAAGAAGUCAAGGAGGCCGGUCAGUUGCUCAAGAAGGAAGGUAUCAAGCCUGAUAUUGCCCAUACAUCUCUUCUUCAGCGUGCCAUUCGCACCCUGUGGCAUGUUUUGGAACAAUCGGAAUUGAUGUGGAUCCCCGUCCAAAAGGCAUGGCAGCUUAACGAACGUCACUACGGCGCCCUUCAGGGACUGGACAAGCAAGAGACUGUCGACAAGUUCGGAAAAGACCAGGUCUUGGUCUGGCGUCGUAGUUACGAUGUUCCUCCUCCUACCGUGGACCGUUCCAGUCCCCACCAUCCCGACAAUGAUCCUCGUUAUGCCGGAUUCGAAUUCGCAGACGAAUUCACUGAGUCCUUGGCCACUACCUUGGACCGUGUCGUCCCCUACUGGAACGAAUCCAUUGUGCCCCAAAUCAAGGACGGAAAGACCGUCAUGAUUGCCGCUCACGGAAACUCGUUGCGAGCAUUGGUCAAGCAUUUGGAUGGCAUUGAUGAAUCCACAAUUUCUGAAUUGAACAUCCCCACAGGAACUCCUUUGAUCUACGAAUUGGAUGACAACCUCAAGCCCAUCCCACAAGAAGGUGCCAUUGCGCCCCUUCAAGGACGUUACCUUGGGGAUCAAGAUGCCAUUCGUGCUCGUAUUGAGGGUGUCAAGAACCAGACCAAGUAA